UCCUAAGCAGGGGGUGGGCAGGUCUAACUCCAUUAAAUAUACAAAGAUAUUGUGUUCCCUCUCUGCUCGGAGGGUUGGCGUGGGCACCGGUGUCCCCAGCAGCAGCAAAACCUGAGCAAAGGCUGCCCAAAGGGCUGGGGGAAGGGUGAAAGCAGCAGCAGCAGCAGCAGCAGCCACAAACACACUGAGCAGCCAACCCACCCCCUUGGAAAGGGGAGAGGAGGAAGCAGGAGAGCCCAGAGAGGCUGUGCAUUUGGUGGCUCUUCACAGGAGCUUUCUGCAACCCUUACUCAUCUCUUGCAAGUAUUUGUGCCUCGGUGCCUAAAGGGAAGAGCAUCUUUCUAGGAAGAAGAACUGCACUCCAGUCAGAAGAGAGAAGAAAAACAAACCAACCACCGGGUCUCAUCCCUUCCCAGAGGCAGGUGAGAGGGAGAGAGAAAGGAGUUCAGGGGAAUGAAGCUGGAGGAUCCGGAGUCUCCGAGAGGAAAAGUUGCCCUGAGGGGAGACUUUGCAUACUAGAGCCUGAGCUCUGUUCCACAAUGGGAUUUCUCGUGUCUAAAGGAAACCUCCUCCUCCUGCUGUGUGCCAGCAUCUUCCCCGCCUUCGGCCACGUGGAAACCCGAGCUCACGCGGAGGAACGUCUACUGAAGAAACUCUUCUCCGGUUAUAAUAAGUGGUCCCGCCCCGUUGCCAACAUUUCUGAUGUGGUCCUUGUCCGCUUCGGCUUGUCCAUUGCCCAGCUCAUCGAUGUUGAUGAGAAAAAUCAAAUGAUGACAACGAAUGUCUGGGUGAAGCAGGUGAGUUCACCAAAACGUGUUUUUCCUUGUUCCUUUUUAGUUUUUCAAUCUGAGCUCUCCCAGCUUUGUAACGGCCUCAUUUUUUGGCAGGAGUGGCAUGACUACAAGCUACGCUGGGACCCCCAAGAGUAUGAAAAUGUCACAUCCAUCCGAAUCCCCUCAGAGCUGAUCUGGAGGCCAGACAUUGUCCUCUACAACAAUGCCGACGGUGACUUUGCAGUCACCCACCUGACCAAGGCCCACCUCUUCUAUGAUGGGAGAAUUAAAUGGAUGCCACCUGCUAUCUAUAAAAGCUCCUGCAGCAUCGAUGUUACCUUCUUCCCCUUUGACCAGCAAAACUGCACAAUGAAGUUUGGCUCAUGGACGUAUGACAAAGCCAAAAUAGACUUGGUGAGCAUGCACAGUCAUGUGGACCAGCUGGACUACUGGGAGAGUGGGGAAUGGGUCAUCAUCAACGCUGUGGGCAACUACAACAGCAAGAAAUAUGAAUGCUGCACAGAGAUCUACCCUGAUAUAACUUAUUCCUUCAUUAUCCGGAGGCUGCCACUGUUCUACACAAUCAAUCUGAUCAUCCCCUGCCUGCUCAUCUCCUGCCUGACUGUUCUGGUCUUCUACCUGCCCUCCGAGUGUGGGGAGAAGAUAACCUUGUGCAUCUCUGUGCUGCUGUCCCUCACUGUAUUUCUGCUGCUCAUCACAGAGAUCAUCCCAUCUACCUCCUUGGUCAUCCCCCUGAUUGGAGAGUAUCUUCUCUUCACCAUGAUAUUUGUUACCUUGUCUAUCAUCAUCACUGUCUUUGUGCUCAACGUGCACCAUCGUUCCCCACGUACACACACGAUGCCUGACUGGGUGAGGAGGAUCUUUCUUGACAUUGUUCCACGCCUCCUCUUCAUGAAACGUCCCUCCACAGUCAAAGACAAUUGCAAGAAGCUCAUUGAAUCCAUGCACAAAAUAACCAAUACGCCAAGGCUUUGGUCUGAGACUGACCUGGAGCCCAACUUCACUACCUCAUCUUCCCCCAGCCCCCAGAGUAAUGAGCCAUCACCCACAUCUUCCUUCUGUGCCCACCUUGAGGAGCCAGUCAAGCCUCAGCCUAUCUGCAAAUCCCCUUCUGAGCAGUACUCAGUCCUGCACCCAGAGCCUGUACAGGUGACCUGUUCCUCUCCACAACCCUCAUGCCACCCCCUGAGUGACACCCAGACCACCUCUAUCUCAAAAGGCCGAUCAAUAAGUGUUCAGCAGAUGUACAGCCCCCAUAAGGCAGAGGAAGGGAGUAUCCGUUGUAGGUCCCGGAGCAUCCAGUAUUGCUACCUGCAAGAGGACUCGUCCCAGACCAAUGGCCAAUCCACUGGCUCUCCAGCAUCCCAGCGGUGCCAGCUAAAUGAAGAGCAGCCACAAUACAAACCUCCUCAGUGCAAGUGUAAAUGCAAAAAAAGCGAGGCAGCUGGCAAACCAGUUCAAGGAAGCAAGAGUCACAGCGCCAAAGAGCAACAUCUCCUGUUGAUGUCCCCAGCUAUGAAGCUGGCAGUGGAAGGGGUGCACUACAUCGCAGACCACCUGCGAGCAGAAGAUGCGGAUUUCUCAGUGAAGGAAGACUGGAAGUACGUUGCAAUGGUCAUCGACAGGAUCUUCCUCUGGAUGUUCGUCAUUGUGUGCUUGCUAGGCACUGUUGGUCUCUUCCUCCCACCAUGGCUGGCAGGAAUGAUCUAAAUGUAGCUCCAGAAAGAAGAAAGUAUAUCCCACUCUGUGGAUUUUAGUUUACCUGGAAGGAGAGGAGCAGAGAGAUGGAGGCAGUUCUUUCGAUAACUUACCGGGUAUCCGUGCAUGAGUUGCUCCAGCGAUUUCUGAGGAUACUUUCUGAGGUUACAUCAUUUUGCCAAGCCAUCUUCAUCUCCUCCAUCUAAUUUAGGGGAAAAGUUCUUAUUAAAGUCUGUACAUAGCAUGGUGGCAUUCAUUGGCAUUUACUUGGCAAUGUAAGAACACGAGCUUGUUCCCUAAAGCAGCACAUAAAGAGGCUUCGCAUCUACAAACCAGCUCCUGGCAAAUUAGCUCCAGUCAUCUUCAGAGGUCUCGGUGUGCCCUGCCUUAGUAAUUUUACCCUGUCAAGCUGAAGUGGUUCAGGACUGCGUAUCCCUG